UCGAUAGAACGCCGCGGCGCAUGGACGCUCGAAGGGAGGGCUGCUUGCGCAUGUUUCUCCGAGCCGCUCACCCCUGAUUGUUUUUUAAUGACAAUUAGCCGAGAGUAAGGUACGUUUGAGAGUGAGAGUCGGUUGGGUGUUCGCGCGACACAUUCGAGAGUCGCGAAAUAAGCGCGCGUGAAUGUCGAUCGCGGUGAAAGCCGGUCGGGAUGGCCAGCCUUUUAUUUACGAAGCGCGCAGAGGGUAACCUUUCUCCAUGAGCUUACGGCCGGCGCUAUUGGAGAGCGGCAGAAGGGGCGAGAAGAAGGAGAGGAGGGGGAAGGCACGGCAGAUGCGAAGUAAGCGUUUCCCGCGCGACGCACACGUGAGUAGAGUGUGAAGCGAUGUGAGAGUUGCGUGUCAACAUUAUCGAAACGUCAAGCGGCGCGCGACGAAUCCGCUUUCGUCGAACUUCGCGGCGUAAGUUCACUUGGUCGGGGACGCGAUAAACGGAAAAACGAUCAACGAUCAGUGCCGCGAUAUGACAUUUGUUUGAUUGAUGCCGAAAAAAAUCCCUCGCUCGGUGACGCUUCGUGGACGAAAUAACAUUUACGUUUCCGAGAUUUAGUGGAGAUAUCGAUAUGCUAACGCGUUAGAAACUUGUAAUUGUAUGUUUGUCACGUCAUCUCGGUAAAGACGGAAGUGUGUUGUCUCAGUGUGAUUGUUUUCAUAUAUUAUACCUCAGAUGCCAUAAACAAAAGUCAACAGUUAAGUAAACUAGUUAAAAAGUAGUUAAAGUUAAUAAACACGUGUGAGACUGUUAUCUUUAUUUGCCGAUGGCCUGAUACAGAUAGUAAAGUGACCUUUGCAUAUGUUGUUUGAUUAGAAUCCGGAACAUAACAUAACAAAUCUUGUGUAAUUUUAUCGAUGGCAACUCACGAAUGUAUCGUUUGAUAUGUCACUUUUCUCGCAUCGUUCGCGUGGCGUCGAGCGGAAAGUAAGGUAGCUGCAUCACGGAAAGCCGGAUUUUCAUUUCGAGGCAGGUAAAAACGGCGUCGUCCCAUCGAGCACGAUGGAGGAAGUCGAGAGCAUGCACAUCGCGUCGUGUCAGACGCCGCACGUUUCCGUCGACACCAGCAGGCACAGUUCCCACGACAGCGUCGAUAGCGGUUACCAGUCCAUUCUGACGCCGCAUACCAGCGGUUGCACCUCGGCGGUGAAAAGCGGCUACAGGACACGAUCGUCCUCCGGCGCGUUAUCCGCCAAGAAGCACCACAGGUUCCGUGCGGAUCCGUUUCAAUGCGAGAAGGUGCAGAGACACCGCACCAAGCUCAAUCACACGUUGAACGCCUCGGAAUCCGACUACCUCAUCUCCGAGAGUUCCGAACAAGAGUCGGGUUUGGAACCGUCCUGCACGAAUGUCAACCAAAGUCUCAGUCUGGUGCACUCUACGCCGAGCUGCGUGGAUAAUAAGUGCGCCGAGAUUAUCGAGAUCAAGAACAGAAAGAAUUGGAGAAGCACGGUAAUCAUCACUCCUGCGUCCAAGGAUUUUCAAAUCUUGUCACCACCUCCAUCGCCGGCGGUGCCCUCCUCGUCUUACGUCGCCUCGGAGCCUCUUCAGGAAGAUGUGGAAAUGAAACUAGUCCGUACAACGGAAAAUAAGUCGCAGGUCACAACACCGCCAAGACUCAAAGUCAUGAUACCGCGGAUUAUAAUCUCACCGGCACGCAGAAGAUUCAGUCCCGUAAUCACGUCGGUGGAGAAUCGGAAAUUGAGUAAACUGAGUAUUAACACAGAUUUGGCUGUUAUAUCCGAAAUCAAACCGAAGAGGCUGGAUUUCAGCCACCGUGGCGUAUCGCUGUGGAGCAAUCGUAGAGCUACUUUGGAUUAUACAGGAAGGGAAAGGGUGGAUUUUUUGUCCCUCCUGGGAGAGGAGAGCAAUCACUUGCAUUUGGUAUGGAAAAUUUUAUCUUAUCUCGGGCCUGCGGAUCUGUGUUCGGUCAGCAUGGUGUCCACAGCUUGGAGGAGGAUCUGCGAGAACGAUUUUCGCGCCAAUGGGAGAAGGAUGAGUUACAUUCUGCGCAAGCAAAAUAUCAAGGAGAAUCUGAGGAUGACGAUGACGAUGAAGAAGGCGAAACGCGAGGAGGAUAUACAAACGAGUCCUAAGAGCAGGCAUUACGUCAGGAAGGGAUUCCUGGUGGAUGUACAGAACUUGCUGCACGUUCCGGCACAACCGAGACCACCGAACAGCCCGCCUGUCUCGCCGAGCAAAGUCAAGUUUCACUCCUUCGUCAAGGCUAGUCGUACGCUCGCGAGUGGCGAGUAUCUUCUACCAUGUCCGAGAUGCAGAUUUCCCUGCCAUGUGGACAGCGAGAAGAACGUGGGAACCUGCUCGAGGCAAGGCUGCUCCAUUGAAUUCUGCAUCUCCUGCUCGUCGAAGCCGCAUACGGGCCCGUGCAAAACGCCUUUAUUAGCCACCCCGACGAAACGUAACAAUAAACGUCUCAUCGUCGGUUCGAGGCAGAGCAAGCGGAAUCUGCGACGAUUAUAAAUCGACAUCCUCGGAUUUUACACCUCGAUUGCAUUCGGGGGAGAGAAAAACUAGUCCAGUUACAGAGUCGCAUCGGCUCUACAGCGAGAGGGAAAUGUGUAUUAUAGGCGAAAUGCGAUAUAUAUUGUAGACGUCGAGAAUCAAAAGUAAUUUUAUACGAAUACGUUAAACGUAAAUUAAUAUUUAAGCGAUUAAUACUUUUUGUUAGCUCAAUGAUUGUUCAAAUAGAAAGAGGCGCAAGGGCGACGUAAUAAAUUCGGUUGCAUCACCCUUAUGGUUCAUCAAUAUAUUUUUGCAGCUUGAAAAAGUGCCUUAAUUGUGCCUUUCAGUAAUAUUUUAUCUUGUAAGAGAGAGGUGGUAUGUACAAGUGCAUUUCGUUGUCGUAAAUUCCGCUUAUACAUGAUUUUUAAGCGCUAUAAAAUUGGAGAACACCCUAAUUUGCCUCAUUCAUCGACCUUAUGUGGACUAAUGAUCGAACUAUGAUCUAAAUUUCUGGAAUAAUGGCAGCGGAGUGUAACCGAAUUAUCCUCCAGUCCUCUUCUUCCUCGAUCCUCGGAACAACCUUUGCUCUGAACUCUGCAAAGAGAUGUGCAGGAAACGACGAGAAAGAGAAAGAGAAAGAGAUAAAUAGAAGGGGCGAGAAAACAAGGAAUUAGCGAUUAAAGGGAGUUACCUGCGAGGAAUCAAGAAAGAAAGAGAAUGAGAAUGCGAAAGGAGGAGAGAGAAAUGAGAAAUCAUAAAAGCAACGGUCGUAAAACCCCGUAAGAGGGACCGGUGAAACACUUUGCGUCGCCCGGAUAUUCCGUUUUUUAUCCGGCGCUCUCGGUUCCAUAAUGAAGCCGAGGAAAGUCGAUCGCGGUUCCGCGCGCGUUUCUUGCGGCCGAAGCCCGUCCGCAGAAACCGCUCUUUUCUCAUUCUCUCCUCCUCUCUCUCUCUCUCUCUCUCUCUCUCUCUCUCUCUCUCGUGCGCGCGCGCGGGAAUCAUUGUAAAAUACGAUAACUGCCGGGACGAUCGUGGCGCGCGAACUCGUCCAUCGAAACGUGAUUCUCAUUCUUCCAGCAUCUCUCACGAGAUGUUAGAAACGUAAGAGAUUUCGAAUUUUCAAGCGUUUUCAAGUUUUUAUGGAACGAAAAGGGUAUUUCCUUCCUUAUUUGAUUCUGCUCUGUCGAAUUAUUUUAACAAAUCCAUGAAAGAGUAGGACGGAUUAUGAUAAAAUUGACAAUUAUUUGAGAGGUGAGUCCAAGAAAUAUGUUCAGUGCACUAUUGUCUUUUGUCAUAUAUAGAAUGCUCAUAGCGACAAAUGAAAAAAUUAGUUUAAGAAAUUAAAUACUUUUCUUAAAACACUAAUUUCCUAAAAUUUAUAUUAUUCUUGGUAUUAUCCCCUUUUAUAAAUUUGUCUCUUCAAUUGUUAAUUACACAGAUAUUUUGUAAAUAUUCAUACAUUCUUCUCUCUCUAAUGCAAGCCUAUAUUUACAUGCCCGAUCGUCCUGUUGAAUGAAUCAUUCAAGAAGUAUUAUCAAAAUUGCAUAGCAGUAGAAGAAACAGAAGGCUAAGUGCAAGAAUGUGAAAGUAUUAGAAUUAGAGCAGAAAAUAAAUAAGGAAAGAUCGUCGUCGGAAAAGAUGGAGCGCACUCGAUGAUGACAAUCAUAUAAUGCAAAGGAAUUAUCAUUCCGCAAAUGUGAUUGAAACAUAUUCUAAUGUUCCCGUCUUAGAUUAUUGGAUAAACUAAUUGAAGAUUUGAUGCGAAAACGAGAAAUUUAAUAUUUAUAAAAGAAAAAAAAAACAUUCCUCUUUUUGCUCCGUAUUUUCUGACGUCAAAUAGGUACAAAGAAUUAUACCAUUUGUGCCAUGAUUAACUUUCCCUUCUCCCCUCCCCUGCGCCAUAAGAAUUGCCAUAUUUUAAAAACUGAUAUAAUUCUGAGAGAAAGAAAAAUCGAGCGUGUUUCAGCAUCUUUCAUCCUCGAGUGAAACCCUCAAUGGGGUGCCAUAUUCUAUUUUCAUUUUCUUUUAUUUUGUUUGUAUAUUUUUCUUUUAUUAAUUUCUCUUUUUAAUUAAAUCUUUUUACAUUUUUUCCUACUUUCUAAAUAAGCGCUAGUUUAUCUCGUUUGUAUUGUUGUUUCUAUACCGGUGCAUAUGCGAAAAAAAAGACUGUAUGUAAAUAAUCGAGCGCAAAGUAAUAGUAAUAUAUUUCGUGUCAGUACCGAGCGCAAAAUCUCGUGAUCGAUAUUUUAUUUACGCUACAUUCUUCUUAAAAUGAUAUAAAAAAGGUACGAUUGUCAUAUUACAUAAUUCAAAUGAUAUCUCAUGGAUAUCUCGUUUCAUAAAUGUGCUUCGAAAAGAAAAGAUUAAUGUAGAAUAAAUAUUUUAGGCUAAUAUUUUUUCAGUAAAAUUAUCUUUUUACUAUAACAAAACAAGCAAAAUCUUAUUAUUUGUUUUGUUAAUGUCAAAUAAAUCUGCUUCAUUAAUGCUCUCUUUAUGCUCUCUAAAAAAAAUAGAUGUAGAAACAUGUGCAUCUUCGUUGAUAAAAAUAUUGAUCACGAAAUAAUCUAAGUGAGAAAAUCUUAUAAUAUCGUGAUUACGCAUGAUUCACGCGAAUGAUGAACAUAUACAGGCGCACAAAGAUACUCAAAAUCUUUUAAAUUAUUUAUUUCAAAUGUUUUAUAUUAUUACUCCUUUAAAUCAAAUUCGUUAUUUGAUAUUUUAAUUCGAAGACUCGAAUAUUAUUGUCGCGUUUUAUUUUAUAUUUCAUAUUUUAAACAAUAAUAUAUUUUUUAAUCUAUAACAUAUUGAAUUUAUAGCUUUGCAAGAUUGUCUGCGCCAUUAAAAAUUAUUAUUAUAACAUUUUUAUAUAAGGAAAAUGCGAUUAUUUUGAUAUUGAUUCAUGAUUACAACUUGCACAGGUUAAUGCAAUAAGAAAUUGAAUUUUUUUCAUCUUUAAUACUCAAAAAUUAUUUUGGCAAUAAUCAAAUGCGUUUAUUAGAUUAAGCUAUAUUUAAAAAAAAAAGAAAUUUUUUUUAGCAAGGAAAAAGUGAUACCAAAUAAAAUGCGUCAUUGAUAAAUAAUAAGGAAAAUCUCGAUAUUUUUAUAAGAGUGAACAUAUUUUAAUACUUACUAUAUAGUAUUUUAUAACACUUGCUCGAAACUACGUUAUAAAACAUGCAAAAAUGCUCAAUCUUUUCUGCAUAUUAUUAUUAUAUCUUAAAUUUGAAGAAUUCCAAAUCUUUUUGCGUGUUAGAAAUGAUUCUAGAGAAUAUAUACAAAGAGGUGUCCGAGAGAAUUAUAGUGAGUCUAUGUUAAAUUAAUUGAAUGUUGUAAACCCCUUUCAGGGUAGGUUCCUGUAUUGUCGAUUAAAUAUAAUAUUUUCUGUAUAA